UGGGCCGUCGCGCUGGCCUGGCUCAUCUAUAUGUGGACGGCGCGGCGACGAGCGCGAGCCGCAGCCCCCGUGGCCCCAAAGCCGGCGGCGGGGCAAUCGCGGCCGACACGUGAGCAGCUGAACAAAAGAUUCGCGAGUUGGGUUGAGUACAGCUCAGAAUCGGCCCAUGCUGUUCUUUUUAGUUCGCUAGGAAUGUGGCUGUCGCCGCACUUUCCUACGAUCCUUAUAUUCCUCUCUCUGUUCGUCAUGGUCGGUGCGAUAUUCUCACUCCAACACAAUUCCCUUGCCUACUGCGCAGUUCAGCUGAUGAAUGGAUUUGCAAUUCUGGGCACGGGGCUUUUAGUGUUCGCGGGACGACGGCUUGCGGCGCGGGUGCUACUAUUUGUUGCUUGCGCAGCGAUGGCGGCGGCGAGCACCGGAGAAGCUGUCGUUUUGUUGGCACGGGGGCGGUCGGGGUAUCAUGUCGCGAAUAUGAUCACGAAUGUUCUAUUCUGUGUCGCUGUUGGCACGAUCUUGUGCGUGUUUCCGCGAUGGCAUUCGUGGCGAUUUAGCACGGCUUGUUUCCUGAGUUACUAUUACGCCAGGGUCCUUGUUUGGGGCUUGUUCUUUGCGAAGCGGCAAACGGAGGUCUUGCAAACAGCCUUUUCCGCCCAAUGCGACGUGGCCGCAUUGGCGGCCUCCUGCAUUUUGCUGGUGGAGAUCAAAUACCGCGCCACCCUAAAGCGCGCGCACGAGAUGGCCCGCGGCGACGCCAGCUCCUACGACGAGAUCUGGAAGACGUUCGUCGCAGACGAGAUUAAAAUCAAGGCGCUCUCGAGCCUCGUCGACGCGUACAAAGCUGCCAUGGCCGGCGCGGAGAAGCGGAGCAAGCGCCAGGCGGCGGCGAGCGUCGGUGAUCUCUUCGACGGCGCCUACGCGCUCCAGCCCCUCGUUGUGGCGAAGGCAGAGGCUAUCAGCGGCGACGCGGGCGUCGUCUACGGAAAUACGAAGACGGUGGCGCGCGCGUUCCAGAAGGCGUGGCGGUCGUACGGAGGCGACUACCGAAGGCUCUGCGACGUCGUGCGGGUGUCCAUCGCGUUCGAAACUAUCGACGAACUGACGGCAUGCCUCGAGCGCAUCGUCGCCGACGACGAGCUCGAGCUCAUCCCGCAAGGCAUGGAAAAGUGUCGCUUCGAUCCGGAAUAUGCUCCUUACGCCGGCCAAUUCGUCGGCUACCGGGACUUGCAGCUAGGUGCGACAUUCAAGUCAGCCGAGACGCGGGACCGGGGCCUCGACCAACACAUCGUAGAGAUACAGCUCCACUUGCGGGUCUUCGAGGCCAUCAAGACGGGACACGUGACUGUCGGGUUGCCCGUCCACACAACAAAUCUGGCGGGCUGGCGGAUGGGGAGCGGCCACAGGACGUACGUGUCCUGUCGCAACCUGAGAUGUAGCUAGCACUCGCUCCUACCUUCUGGGCUUUCUCUUCGUUCCCCGUUUUUCUUCUAACAACGUUUUAACUUUAAA